AUGAUGCAAUCAUUACAGAUAAUUUACACUGUAUUGUCAAUACUUUUAUAUAUUAACUUGAUUAAUAGUGCAGCGAUCGGUAAUGUGUUAGGAAGUGCGGUUGGAGGUCUAAGUGGUGGAGUAGUUGGAGCAGCAAGUGGCGCAGUGGUUGGCACUGUCGUUGGAGGAGUUGCUGGAUCAGCUUUGGGUGACCCUCUAACUGGUGCUACCGGGGGACUUUCGGGUGGACUCGCCGGUGGAUUUUCGGGAGGGACGUUUGGUGGUGCUACAGGAUCACAAAUCGGUAUUGUUACUGGAGAUCUUACCGGCACUAUCCUUGGUCAACCGACGGGAACGGUUCUUGGUACGGUCGUUGGUGGGGCGACGGGAGGUGUUCUUGGUGCUGGAGUAGGAUCGUUAACAGGCACUCUAACCGGUGCCCAAGUUUCUGCUUCUGCAGGUGUACCCGGCCUUGUGGCAGGAACAACCGGAGGAUUAGUUGGAGGACUAGGAGGAGGAGCUGUUGGUGGUUUGGUAGGUGGUGCCGGAGGAAGUCUGACAGGUCAAAUUACCAAUGAUCUUACUGGUGGACUUGUGCGACGUCGCCGGCAAUAUUUCAUUCAAGAAGCGAAUCAUCUCAAUAAUCUUUCUUGA